AUGCACCCCUCGCUACGAAACACCUGGACGCCCGCCGUCAACGUCGUGACAUGGUUUCUCCUGGCCACGGCCAUCCUCAGUGUCCUGACACGACUGGGAACUAAAUACUGGAUCUUUCGGAAGUGGACCGUCGAUGAUGGGCUGGCACUGGGUUCCUUGAUCUUCUGCGCUGGCCAGUCCCUCGCCGUCUCCAUGGCCACCGCCAAUGGAUACGGCCAGCGGUUUGAUACGUUGUCAGCGACGGGCAUCGAUGGGAUGAUGAAGUCGCAAUAUGCUGCAACCCUCCUCUGCAUCCCCAGUAUGGGUCUGUCCAAGCUGGCCCUCAUCCGUUUCAUCCAAGACCUGACGCCCGCUGCUGCGGACCGUCGCGUCGCCGUUUGGCUGCACGCCUUAGUCGUCGUCUGGGCUGCUGUCGGGGUUGUCUCCGCCGCCUUGCAGUGCCGUGUGCCGCGUCCCUGGGACUACGUCCAUGGGGAGUGCUUUGAUCGGAUGGCCUGGUGGCAGUACCUGGGAGUUACCAACAUCCUCUCCGAGGGAGGCAUCAUCGCGCAGGCGAUGAUGGUCAUCGUCAAGAUCCAGACCCAUGGGAGGAAGAAAGCUGUCCUGGGGGCUGUGUUUACGCUGCGUAUUGUGGUCAUCGUCGCCAUCCUUAUCCAACUGAUCUACGCCUCCAAAACUGCCCAUAGCACGGACGUGACCUUCGACACCUGGCCCGUCGCGGUCGCCACGCAAUUGACCCAGUGCCUCAGCAUUGUGACAGCGUGUUCGCCGCAGUUCAAGCCCUUCCUCGACAGUCUCCGGUCGACGGGAAUGAGCUUGGAGGGGAAAUCCCGCCAUGGGAGCUCGCAGAAGGGCUAUGGUUCACAGACCUCCACCCGUUUUCGUCGCGGCAUCUCUCAGAGUGAGGCCCAUGAGCUUAUGCCACUCCCACUGCGGGGCACCAGCCAGACUAUCGUGUCGACGGCGGGGAUCUCGCCCGACUCGGACGCAGAGAGCCAAGGAAGCCAGUCUCGGAUCAUUCGGGAGGUGCGAACCUGGACGAUCACCGAGGCCCCGGCGGGUCAAUAG